AUCUGCACCCAAAAUGCUGCUCAUCCUGCUAGGAGUGCUCGUCUUUCACCUCAUCGUUCUCAUUCUUCUCAUUGUGUCUACAGCAUCCAGUACAUGGACUGUAGCAACAGGAGUACACACUGAUCUUUGGUAUAACUGCAAGUCAGAUGAUCAAGGCUACCACUGCUUGAACGCCAGCAAUGAAGAUUGGAUCCAAGCUGUGCAAGCCCUCAUGAUCCUGUCUGUGAUCUUCUGCUUUACAUCUCUGAUAGCUUUCUUGUAUCAGCUGUUCAGACUGGUAAAGGGUGGACGCUUCUACUUCACCUCCAUCUUCCAACUCUUUGCGAGUGUUUUUGUGAUGUGCGCUGCAAUCAUCUACACCGUGAUGAGACCGGAGAGUGACAAACAGUAUGGCUACGCUUACGUGCUGGCCUGGGUGGCUUUUCCUCUGAGUCUCAUCAGUGGCCUCGUUUAUCUCGUAUUAAGGAAGAAGGACUAAAAGCAGCAACACAGCGGGAACAAACACAACAUCGUACUGUGCCCACUGCACCUACAGACAAUGAACUGAAAUCCAAGCUUUAAAGUUUUCUCAUUACAUCCAGAACAUUUCACAGAAAUUUGUUUUGUGGAUUCCAAUGCUUUUUUUUAAGUUUCGAUGACAUUGAUUUCUCAACAUCCCAAAAAAAUACAUUGGGUGUGAAACAAUAAGCAAUUCUGCCUUCCUUCAGUGUGAAGAUGUAAAUAGUGUCUGUGGUUUUUAGACAUAUUUAUAACAUGUUUUUUUUUUACAUUUUUAUGUACAUAAUGUUGAGUUAACAUUAUCAUGAUCAUUGAUAGUGUGUCUCUUCUAAAUCAUGCAGCUGUACCAAAGAGAUGUCGCUUCAGCCUCAAUUGUAUCAUCCUUUAUUUUCUUCAUUGUUUUCUCUUGACUUUAUGCCAAAUGCUUUUAAAAUUGUGCCUUAUGCCCUAAUGCAAAAUGUGUGUUUAUAUGAAAGGAAGAAAAACAAACACAAAAAGUGUUAAUAAACUAAAAGUUUCUUUUUUUACUUCAAAUUGUACUUGAUAUUGUUUUUUUUUAUAACAUCAAAAGAGGUGCUUUUUUACCUACUAUCUCUGAACCAUGUACUCCUAUUUGUGCCGCAAGUGUCGAUGCUUGUAAUGUGUUUGCUUUGUAAAAUUCUUAACUUUUUUUAUGUAUUUUGAAUAACCUGUUUGAAAUAAAUUUUGCUCAUCAGCAAA